GAGGCAGCGGCAUCGGCGAAACCGGCUACUUCUGGUUUCAAGACACAUAAAUACAAAGCGAGAGACAGCGAAUACACAAAGAACAGUGGAUCGUACGGCUCUCCAGUUUACGCUGAAGACUAUAAAGUCAGGGUGGCUGAUACGGAGGCAGCAGCUGGAGAAAUGAAACUCCUACCUGAUUGUGGAGCGGGGAGAGAACUUGCUAGAGAGAAUGAAAAACAGCAUUGGAUGGCGGAACUGCUGGCAAUAAAGGCACGGAAGAUGGGGCUGAAUUUGUCAUUGUCGGAUGAAUGGAAGCUGAAGAUAGCGGAGCAAGUUGAGAAGUUUCCAGGGAUUAUAAUCUGGAUCGAGAUUUGUACAGUAUCAGCUAGAGAAAGCACAGCCUCCAGGAUGUAGUCUGGACCUCAGGCUGAUGAAGUUGAAGGAGGGGCUGUGUGAGGAGUUGAUUUCUUCUUUGGCUGGGAACGAAUAGGGGAACUUGAUUUAGCUGUGCAUUUUCUCCCUGUAAAUUUUGCAGCGGGAACGGUGGCUGGCAGGUACGAUGUGUGGUCAUCUACCAGCAUCGGAGGACAGCCCAAUAUGUUUUGAGCAAGUUGAUUGAUUUCAGACCUGGAUAGAUUGGGAUUUACUGAAAUGCCACAACUUGACAGCAUUUCCAUGAUCUUCGCAAGAGGCCAGCUAUCCCAUGGAGAUGCCCAUAAUUGUAAUCGUGAGCUGCGAUGAGGAGCAGGAAUAUCGUCUUUAACUACAUUAUCUAUAUGUUCUUCUGCAGAAGAGAAAGACUCUGUCAGACAUGGUGCUGCGAAUUAAUGAGUUGCCACGUCGGCACCUGAAGGCAGCAGAGUGGUUGGCUGCUGAAAGACCUUUAAAGCGAGAGAUUCCCUAGAAGAAGAGCUUGGACGGCAUGCAAAGUUGUGAAAUAUCUUCAGACAGCACUGAUGAUCCUCUUAGUAGUGGUUUACGCAAACAUCGACAACCGCGAAUAGUAGUGAUUGGUGCGGGCUUGGCCGGCCUUGCCGCCACCAAAACCCUCUUGGAGAACGGCUUCACCAAUGUCACGGUGCUAGAAGCUUCGGAUCUUAUCGGAGGCAGAGUGCAAAGCAUUCAGCACGGUAAAUCCACUUUGGAACUUGGAGCAACCUGGAUCCAUGGGGCAAAUGGGAACCCUAUCUACCACCUGGCUGAGGACAAUGGACUCCUGGUGCACACCACAGAGGAGGAGCGGAGUGUGGGCCGCAUCAGCCUUUAUGCCAAGAACGGUGUGGCCCACUACCAGACUAACAACGGCAAGCGCAUCCCCAAGGAUCUGGUGGAGGAGUUCAGUGACCUGUACAAUGAGGUGUACGAGCUGACUCAGGAGUUUUUCCAGAAUGGAAAGCCUGUGGGAGCCGAGAGUCAAAACAGUGUGGGGAUCUUCACACGAGAUGUGGUGCGUAAGAAGAUCAUGUUCGACCCUUAUGACUCAGAGAGCACCAAGAAAAUCAAGUUAUCUAUGCUACAACAGUACCUCAAGGUGGAGAGUUGUGAAAGCAGUUCCCCCAGCAUGGAUGAAGUGUCUCUAAGCGAGUUUGGUGAAUGGACUGAGAUUCCAGGCGCUCACCACGUCAUUCCCACUGGUUUCAUUAAAGUCGUUGAUAUCCUGGCUCAGGACAUCCCAAGCCGAGUCCUUCGCCUCAGCAAGCCGGUUCACCGCAUCCACUGGAACUGCAGCUCCCACGAUGCUGAGGAAAUCACAGACCAGGCCGACCAUAACCAGGACCAGCGUCCCAGCGCUGCCCCGGUCUGUGUGGAGUGCGAAGAUGGCGAGUGUCUGCCAGUAGACCACGUGAUCGUAACGGCCUCUCUUGGGGUCCUGAAGAAGGCUCACGAGACACUCUUCUCUCCGGGCCUGCCUCCAGACAAGGAGCAGGCCAUCCAGAAACUGGGCAUUAGUACCACUGAUAAGAUCUUUCUGGAGUUUGAGGAGCCCUUCUGGAGCCCUGAGUGCAAUAGCAUCCAGUUUGUGUGGGAGGACGAGGCACAACUGGAGAGCCUGGCAUACCCAGAAGAGCUAUGGUACCGAAAGAUCUGCAGCUUUGAUGUGCUGUAUCCGCCCGAGCGCUAUGGUCACAUGCUGAGCGGCUGGAUAUGUGGAGAGGAGGCCCUGCACAUGGAGAGGUGCGACGAUGAGACUGUGGCGGAGAUUUGCACCGAACUACUGCGCCAAUUCACAGGGAACCAGAAUAUCCCGAAGCCAAGGCGGAUCCUGCGCUCCUCAUGGGGCAGUAAUCCCUAUAUCCGGGGUUCUUACUCCUUCACUCGAGUGGGCUCUAGCGGCAGAGACGUGGAGAAGCUAGCUGAGCCCCUGCCUUAUACCAAGAACACCAAGGCUCCGCCUCUACAGGUGUUGUUUGCUGGGGAGGCCACCCACAGAAAAUACUAUUCCACUACCCAUGGUGCUUUGUUGUCAGGACAGAGGGAGGCCAACCGCCUGAUCAAGAUGUACCAGUACUCUUUUGGUGCGGAAACCACAAAGCCUAACAUUUAAAUAAAACAAAUUGCAACAAAAACAAGAACCACUUACUAGUGACAAAUGCAUUUGUGUUUUGUGCUCUCUGUAUUUUAAAUGAUUCAAUUAUGUAUGAAAACCUAUAAGGGGCAUUAAACGAAUAACAAUAAAUCCUCUUUAUACUGUACUUAGAUUAGUGCUCUGUAGAUUUUAUUUGACAUGUACUGUACAAGGAUGCCAAUGUGGCGCCAUCUCUGGUCCUUAUAAUUUUUUCUGAUUAUUUUAAAUGUUCUAUAUAUAUGUUUCUAUAAUUUAACAAUUUUUUUGUAAGUGCCUUCUGUAUUUAAUGUUAUGUCUUUAAAAAUUAAACAAAAAAGUCUUUAUGAAUAAAGUGUAUCUUAAUGUAAACAAGAGGGAUGAGUUCAUUUCCCUUUUUAUGUGAUGUCUGUAUUUGUUCUCCAGGUAUUUUUUUGAAAUCUCAAGCAUAUAUGAAGUCAAAUGAUGGCUCAGGUGUAACUAUGAAGCAUAGACUCCUGGUGCAGUUUUCUUUCCUGUGUUGAUGUAUUUUCUAUUAAAACAAGGUUGGGGCCAGUAAUACUGUAUAAAAAAAGGCUUUUUUUUAAAUAGCCAAUAUGCUUUAAUUUACGUAUUGGAGUUCUAAAGGAAAGUUCGGGAAGAGCACAUUCAUCUAAUCCCGCAAUCACCACAAGAGUAUACAAAUUGCUUGGUAUGUAAAAGUGUCUGCUAAAUGACUUGUAAAUGUAUGUAAAUAAUUACAGAAAGGCUUGCAUACCCCUCUCCAGUGGCAUCCCUCCUCCACCACAUCUACACAUUUAUUUUAUAUUUUCUUAAUAUACAUUCACUUUCUUUACCCUUCCAUUAAUCUAUUAACAUGUAUUAUCUCUGUUCAUGUAGCCCAGGGGGAACCCAAACCAGUUGAAUCAUUUACCAUUAUUUCAAGAUUAUAUGAACAUGCAAACUUGUGAAACAGCCAUGAACAAUGAUUUGCUACUUGCUAUUGGUAGUCAGAGUCAGGUGGUAUUAGGAGGACAUUCUCAUUCUAGAGAGAACUUUAUUGGGUUUAUACUGUUGUACACAAUCAUGUAAGAUUUUGUAUUAAAUAUGCAUAUCUGCUUUAAGUACAUUUUGUCAACUUUAAAGAGUACACUAUAUCCUCCUGAGCGUAACAGCUUUGCAUUUUCGAUUUCACUCUUUGAUUUGUUACUAGUAGCACCUAAUAAACAGGCAAAAAAAAAAAAAAAAAAAAAAAAACAA